AUGCAAAGACCAUUUUUACAAAGCGCAUCACCAUAUCCAGAAAAUUGGCGAAAAAAUGUGACUCAAAUAAUAAUUAUUAGAAUGGGAAGCGGCUGCUGUAAACACGCAGUUGAAGAAAACGAGCAAGAAAAUGCAAGUGCGAAGUAUGAAGAGACAGGAACCGUUAGCUUAAGCACAAGCUUCACAGUCCUUGAAGAAAACUACGAGUCCAUACCAAAUCUACUCAAUAAAUGGUCACCAAAAAAUAUAAAAUCAGAGAGUGGGCUCUCAGGACUGGAAAAUGUAGGGAACAGCUGCUAUCUUAAUGCAGCUUUACAAUGCUUAUUUAACUGCCAACCACUCGUGGAUUAUUUUUUAUCUGACAUUUACAAAAAAGACAUAAAAGCGUCAGUAACGAAGAAAGGACAGGCCACAGCGGCAUUUGCUGAAAUUAUUAAAACCUAUUGGAGUGAUCAGUUUGACAUAAUCGUGCCUAGCUUCUUCGCCCAAGAGAUUUGAAAUCUGGCCCCAACUAUUGAAGCUGGCAAAGAAAACGACGUCCACGAACUGAUGUCGUUCCUACUGGACCGCCUUGACCAAGAUUUAAAUCGGGCUUUUAUUAGUCCAGCUCUCGCAAACAUAGACAUUAAUGACAAUACACAAGAAAUGAAAGCAGCUAAGGCUUGGCAAAUGCAUUUAAGCUGUCAUUCCUCUGUAAUCGUUGAUCUCUUCCAAGGACAACUUAGAUCAACAGUUACUUGCAAAGAAUGCGAAUUUCAGUCACAAAAGUUCGAUGAGUUUUCCUCAUUAAGUCUUCCAAUACCACACAGAUCUACUUCUUUUACACUUAACGACUGUUUAAAAGAAUUCACGACUAAAGAAGAGCUAGAAAAGGCUUGGUUUUGCCCUAAAUGCGACAAAACUGUUAAAGCUUUCAAGAAGUUCGAUAUAUGGAAAGUUCCGCCAAUUUUGGUGAUCCAUUUAAAGAGAUUCAAAUUAAAUGGCAAAGAAAUCCAAAAAAUCCACAAUUUUGUGGACUUUCCCAUCCAUGGUUUAAAUUUGAGCAAGUUCGUAUCUAGUACACAGCUAGUUAUUUAGAUUUAGAGUGUUUUUUUUCGCAGGAUGAUCUACUCCUUUAAAUCUUUCAAGUGCUAAUGUCAGCAGCUAUCUUGUAUUGUUGCAUUCCAGAAGGCUCACUAAAAAGGCCAGAAAGUUUUCAUUAAGGUUAUUGAUCCCACCUAAGCUUAGCUCCAGCACGAGGCUCACCUAAAGAUUUUUCUCCUCAGACAUGCUAGGCAGAAAGAGCUAUUUAUUUUUUUGGACUGCCGAAAUACCUUAAACAGUGUUUCAUAUUGGCCAUGCGAAUAAAAGUACACAUUGAAAACUGAAACUUAUAGUAAUAAUACAUCGCGGAGGAGGAUAGCACUCGGAGAUAAUAAAUUCGGUACUUAGCCAUUUUUUAUUAUUUAUAUCUAUUACACAAAAGGGAAAAGCCUGUUUACGAUUUAUUUGCAAAAAUAGAUCAUGAAGGAGACAUGGGAUCUGGACAUUAUACAGCGACAGCUAAAAAUAGGAAUAACAAUUCCUGACAUUUAUUUGAUGACUCUAAUGUUUAUUCAGUCCUUCCACAACAGAGUGUGGAUGAAAACGCGUAUGUUUUAUUCUAUCAGAAAGUUAGUGUAGACAAGUACUUUAGGCAAUCAAAAAACAUGCCAAACUAUUGACCUCAUGUUUUGCAGAGAAAUUCGGUAUAA